AUGGCGGCACUCAACUGGAACCCCUCCCGAUCGAACAGCAGCGACUCGCCGGUGGUGGCCGCCGCCAGCGGACCGAUCUCCCCCUUCCUGGCCAACCAGGAGCUCUUUUCGGCCGCGGCCGCGGCCGUGGCCGCCGGCGGGCCCACUGCCCCUGCGCCCAGCUCCUCCGACGACCUGAGCGCCAUGUCGAAGGUGUAUGCCUCGCCGAAGCAGGGCGGCCUCGGCUCAGCCGAGCCCGCCGGCGGCAAGACCCCACUCCUCCGCGAUUACACCGCUCGCGGCAGCAAGCUCACGCACUCCAACUCGAUGGACGAGUUGGUGGACCCGGCCACCGGGCGCCCCGGCUCGCCGGCGCCCCCGGCCACCCCGACCGAUGCCAAGCUCACGGUCAUCGGCCGGCCGGAGCGCGUGUCCUCAAGCACCACCGCCGUGCCCAUUGACUACUACUACUCCUCCUCCCCGUCGCCGGCCCCCUCCGACGCCAGCAAUGCCCACCGCGCCACCGGGCCCGGCGGCCCCUCCGGCGGCGGGCACUUGCCGGGGGGGGCCGCCCAGCGCGGCGACACGCCAGGCUCUUCGGACGCCGGCCGGCACCCGGCCGACGACCCGCGCGCCCCGUCACCAGGCGGCGCAUCGCGCCCCGGCCCCCAUCACCACUACCCCUACCCCCAGCCAUACCACCCCCAGUCGUCGCCCUACCAGCAGCCCCAGCCACACUACCACCACCCCCCCGGGCCCGGCACGCACCGGGACCUGGGCCCGGCCCCGUCGCCCACCUCGCGGCCCCACCCGGGCACCCCCUACCACCACCAGCAGCAGCAGCAGCAGCAGCAGCAGCACGAGUCGACCGACGGCCCGGGCUACCAGCCCCAGGAGCAGCCCUGGCAUGGGCCCCCCUCGGCGCAGCCGCCCGCCUCGCCGUCCUUCUUCUCGGCGCAUGCUCGACCGGCGGACGAGCAGCAGGCUCGCGGGGCCGCAGCCGGCACCGGCCCCGGCCACCACCACUACCCGCAGCAGCAGCAGCAGCAGCAGCAGCAGCAACACCAACAGCAGCAGCCGUCGCAUGGGGGCCGCGGCGCCGCCGGCCUCCCGGCGCCAGGCACCAGCUACGACGCGGACUCGCCCUACUCGUCCAGCAACACCCCCACCACCACCGCCGCCGGCGCCACAUCCGCCGGCGGGGGGGCAGCCUCCGGCCACGCCUUCAGCCCCUCGGCCACUGGCAGCCAUGCCUCGGUCCACUACCAUGCCGCCGGCCCGGACGGCCCGGCCCACUACCACCACCAGCCGGACGACGGGAAGCAGCCGAGUGCUGCCGGCGGUACGGUCGACAAGUACCCCGGGCCACCGGCCGCCCUUGACGCCGGCCAGCAGCACCCCCCGGCCCCAGGGUCGCCGGACAUGGCCGACAUGGUGGGCGUCGUGUCCAAUGCCUCCCCGGCCCCGGCCACCGAGGCAGCCACCGCCACCGCCGCCGCCGCCGCCGCCGCCGCCGCCACCACCACCACCACCACCACCACCACCACCGCCACCGGCCCCAAGGCCGCCUACCUCCAGUCCACCCCCCCACAGCCGGCAGCCCACUACAUGUCGAGCGGCGCGGCGCCGGCAUCGGCCGGCUCCGGCGCCCCGCACCACCACGCCUAUGGCGCUGUGGCCCCGGGCGCCGGGUCGUCGUCCCCCUCGCCCGGGCCCGGCAUGCCGACGGGCCUCGGGGCCGGUGUCGAGCGCGCGCGCAACACCACCCUCCACCACCACCACCACCACCACCACCAUGCGGGCGGGUCCUCCGUCCACGCGCGCAAGGUCGACCAGCUUCCCAGCCUGUACCGGGAUGCCAGCCCGCUGCUGGGCGCGCACCAUGGCGGCCCCGGCGUGGGCGCCGGCCACCAUGGCAUGAGCCCACUGGCCUCGCCGACCGGCUCGGCCGGGCCAAGUGCCGGCCCCGGCCCCGGCGGGUCGGCCUUCUUCCCAGGGUCGGUGUUCGGCGGGGACCCGGUCGGCGGGUCGCCGCUGAUGGGCCCGGCCGGCCCCGGCCCCGGCGGCCCCUCCGGCGGGCCCAUCGGCGGCGAUGGCGGGCACCCCGACGGGCGCCUGCUCCCGGGCGACGACUCGGACAUGCUGCUGCUCGGUGGGCACCACCAUCAGCAGCAGCACCACCACCACCACCAUGGAGGGGGGGGGCACCACCACCACCACCACCACCAGCAGCAGCACCACCACCACCACGACGGGCAUCAUCACGGCCACCACCACCACGACGGGCAUCAGCACGGCCACCAUGGGGGGCACCACCACCACCAGCACCACCACCACCAUGACCGUGUGGUCGCGGACGCAUAUGGCCCGGGCCCCGGCCCCGGCCCCGGCGCCUACGACGACAUGCAGUCCAUGAUCCAUGGCAACGGCAGUGCCAUCAUGCUGGUCGAUGGCAUGGACUUCCUUGAGCCCAUCGGGGGGCCUGGCGCCGCCGGUGGGGGGGGCCCCUCCGUCGGCGGCCCGGGCGGCUACCACCCCGAGGACGGCACCCUCACCUCGGAGGUGGACAACAUGUGA